UUGUUUCGUUACGCUUUCUUUGCUUGUUUCAAUUUUUUUAUUAAUUAUUAUUUCGAAAAAGAAAAAAAAAAACAACGAACGACAAAAACACGAAAAUAAUAUUUGCAUUGUUGGCCUGUGCGCGUUACCUUUAAUUAUCAUCUUCGUCGUCAUCGAUGUUUUUGUUGCCAUAAAAUAUUAAUAAUUUUUGUUUUAUUUCAUAAAUAUAUUUUUGUGAAAUUUCAAAUAACUUAGCAAACGAAUUUUAAGUUUUAUAAAACAAAGAAGAGAAAUAAAAAGUGUGAAUUUUUCUUUUAGAUUUCCAAAUAUUUAUCGCAGGAAAUAUCGACAACUUUUUUGCAACGAAAAAAGCGCCUCCGAAACGAAACGAAAAAACAGUUUUGAAUUCAAAGCUAAGCAACAAUAAAAAAACAAGUCAGCCUUUGUCCAAAGUCAAGAAGAAGACAUUGGCAUAAUUGUUUUGUUUUCAAAUCUGGUCCUUACCACCCACCACCGAUAGGAGGAGGAGUAGCUGUUCUGCUUGCUCUACCACUCAAUACCCCUUUAAACAAUUUCCAAUAAUUGGAAAAUCAAUUCAUUCAACAUUAUUAGACACUUAACCAGAAAAAACGCACCACACAAUGCCUGGAGAGGCGGUACAGGUUAUCUCCACAUCGGAGGAGCACACAUUUCUAUUAAAUGAAGAUCAAUUGAGCGAGGUGCUGAUGCGCGAGGAAGUCAAAGAUCGCUAUGUUUGUGUGGUCUCAGUGGCUGGAGCAUUUCGCAAAGGUAAAAGUUUUCUGUUGGACUUUUUCCUCAGAUAUAUGUACUCCAAGUACGUUCGUCAUGAUGUCACCGAUUGGUUGGGCGAUGAAAACUCACCUUUGACAGGUUUUUCAUGGCGCGGCGGUUCGGAACGUGACACAACCGGCAUACUCAUGUGGUCGGACAUAUUUCUUCACGAUUAUCCCAAUGGUGAUAAAAUUGCCAUUAUUCUAUUGGACACCCAAGGAGCUUUCGAUAGCCAGAGCACUGUCCGCGAUUGUGCCACAGUUUUUGCAUUGAGUACCAUGUUGUCGUCGGUGCAAAUCUAUAAUUUGUCACAAAACAUCCAAGAAGAUGAUCUGCAACAUCUUCAACUGUUCACAGAAUAUGGACGUUUGGCAUUGGCCGAUUCGGGCAAGAAACCCUUCCAACGUUUACAAUUUUUGGUGCGUGACUGGAGUUUUCCCUAUGAAGCUGAAUACGGUGCCUUGGGUGGUGAACAGAUUUUAAAGAAACGCCUGGAAAUAUCGGACAAACAACAUCCAGAAUUGCAAUCGCUGAGACGUCACAUUUCCUCAUGUUUUCAAGAAGUCGCCUGUUUCCUGAUGCCACAUCCCGGCCUCAAUGUGGCCACCAAUCCCAAUUUUGAUGGCCGUCUCAAAGACAUAACACCGGAAUUCAAACAAAGUCUACGCAGUUUGGUGCCCAUGCUAUUGUCGCCCGACAAUUUGGUAUACAAGGAAAUUGGUGGUGCACGUAUACGUGCCCGCGAUCUCAUACAAUAUUUCCAAUCGUACAUGACCAUCUACAAGGGUGAUGAACUGCCCGAACCCAAGAGUAUGCUGGUGGCCACUGCUGAGGCCAAUCAUUUGACAGCCAUGGCUGCGGCCAAGGAAAUGUACAAUCAGCUCAUGGAAGAUGUUUGUGGUGGAACACGGCCGUACUUAAGCACAGGACACUUGGAAGCUGAACAUUUGAGAUGUAAAGAUAAGGCAGUGUUUCAGUUUUUGGCCAAACGCAAAAUGGGUGGUGAAGAUUUCACAGAAAAAUUCCGCCAACAAUUGGACACGGACCUCGAGGACAUGUACAUCAAUUACAAAUCGCACAAUGAAAGCAAAAAUAUAUUCAAAGCUGCCCGUACUCCGGCCGUGUAUUUCGCUGUGGCUGUUAUUUUCUACAUUCUAAGCGGCAUCUUUGGUCUGGUGGGCAUGUACACAUUUGCCAAUUUCAGCAAUUUAAUUAUGGGCAUAGCCCUAUUGACAUUAGCUUUGUGGGCAUAUAUAAGAUAUAGCGGUGAAUUAAGUGAUUUUGGUGUUAAAUUAGAUGAUUUUGCGACGUUACUGUGGAUUAAUUUUAUGAAACCCAUUUAUCAGGGUUGCAUGGAAAAGGGUAUACAGCAUGUGGCCACACAUGCCGCUGAGCAUGUAGUGGGUGGCGGCAGAACCACAUCGCUUAAUGGCAAGGUGAAAAGUUCAUGAGAAUACGCCAAAAAUGCAAUGCCCAAAGAAGCCCGCGAAACUAAAAUAAAUAACAGUAGUAGUAGUGGUGGUGGUGGUGGUGAAGGAAGAGGAGGAGUAGGGGCUAAGCCCAAGGCAAAUAAUGAAAAAGGGCCACCAACAACAGCAACAAAUAUGCUAUUAUCAUCCUCAUCAUCGGCAUCAUCAUCAGCAUCAUUUUUGAAAAAUUCUGGAAAUCAACAACAGCCACAACCAUCCACGGUAGUUAAUAGUAAUAAUUUAAAGCAACAGCAGCAACAACUCACAACGAACAACAACAACUACAUUGAUAAGGGAAAACAAACUGCUCCAAAUGAAUGUAUUUUAGCCUCGCCAAAUCUAAACGCUGUAGCCUCUGCCAACUCUAAUUCCCCCACGAUGUUUGCAUCAAUAUGGAGUAAAUUUUCAGCCACCUGCAAUGAGGCCAAACAACAAAAACUCCUGCAAAGGCAACAGAGUCAACAAAAUCAUGGUAGCAGUGCAGCCACGGCAGCGACAUCGUUGGGCGCCACUACAGCCGCCACCAAUGGCUCUACAAAUAUUACGGUUUCGAAUCGUAAAAAAAGAAAAUCCAAGAAAAAUAACAACCAUAACACUUCCAAUGCUGCAAAAUAAAUUAACUUUUUUAUAACUAAAUGAAGAACAUAAAAGAAAAGACAACCUGUAAUAUUUUUUUU